UCCGGACUUUUUCACUAACAGUUUUCCAGACUGUUUGAUUUUCCCGUUUGUGGCUGGAGUUUUUCUCUUUUUUUGGUCUGAUUUUGGUUCAUUCAAGUCGAGAGUUUAACCGCCUCCAGACUCGGCUCCAUCUGCCACCACAAAGCUACACAAGACGCAACCAUUUUCAAUCUCCAAUUCAGAAACAUUUUUGAAGACGUUUUUGAAGUGAAUUUGAGUCAUUUCAUUCAAUAUUUUUAAACCAGUCUCCCUCUUCUGCUGCACAUCAACAGUUUGACAAUUAGAAGUAAGAUUUUAAUACUCUCAUGUUUAGUGGAUGGUUUUGUGUGGUAUCAGGGCACAAGAGCACAAAACUGAACAUUUAAACAUCUGACUGAAACGCUCAAACGAAAUAGUCUCCAAACUUUAAAUCAGACACACGUUUAAUCUUCAACAUAAUAAGAACAGAAGAGCAGAAGAACUUUGUCACAAACUUUAUCCAGAAUAUUUGUCCAUAGAAGUGUGACCUCUCCAGAUCCAAACUCAGACCCAGGCUCAAACCAGACCAUGCUGCUGUGCCUCUGCUCCCUCUUGCUUCUCUUUGGGGCGUCAGGUGCACAGCCUGCCCUGACACCUGCCCUGACACCUGCCCUGGCGGAGCCGGCGUGCCCGUCCUGUGCCCUGGCAGCACUGCACUCUGCCGCGGGGCAGGGGGCGGGGCCCGGGCUGGAUGUGGUGGAGGCGGUCAAACGUCACAUCCUGUCGAUGCUGCACCUGUCGAACCGUCCCAACAUCACCCGCCCUGUGCCGCGCGCCGCCAUGUUAAACGCCAUCCGCAAACUGCACGUGGGGCGCAUCGCCGAGGACGGUAGCGUGACCAUUGACGAAGAGGGCGGUGCCAAAGAGGCCCGCCGCGGAAAAGACGCAGAGAGCCAGGACACCACUGAGAUCAUCACCUUUGCUGAAGGAGGCCCUGGGGGCUCGGUGAACUUCGUGCUCUCUGCUGAAGCCUCAGGUCUGUCUCUGGUGGAGCAGGCUAAUGUUUGGUUGUUUCUGCGUUUGUCCAAGUCCAACCGCAGCCGUGCCAAAGUGACCAUCCGCUUGUACCAGCCACGCCACCGCCACCUCCGUAACGAGGCUCAGAGUGACGACGUGCUGCUCGCCCAGAAGAAUGUGGACACGCGGCGCAGCGGCUGGCACACAUUCCCUGUGACUGCCGCCGUGCAGAGCCUGCUCUCCAGAGGCUCCGACAGCUCCACGCUCUCUGUGCGCGUGUCCUGUCCGCUCUGCGCCGACGCCGGGGCUAGCAUUGUGCUAGCAUCUGACUCCAGAGUUAGUGCACGUGAACAGUCACACCGGCCCUUUCUAAUGGCCGUGGUGCGACAGGACGACCCCUCUGAUUCAAAGAGACGUAAAAAACGCGGGCUUGAAUGUGAUGGGAAAGUACGAGUCUGCUGCAAGCGCCAGUUCUAUGUCAACUUCAAGGAAAUCGGCUGGAACGACUGGAUCAUAGCGCCCCCUGGCUACCACGCUAACUACUGCGAGGGCGACUGCCCCUCGCAUGUGGCCAGCAUAACGGGCUCCAGUCUGUCCUUUCACUCCACGGUGAUCGGACACUACCGCAUGCGCGGCUACAGCCCAUUUCAGAACCUGCGGUCCUGCUGUGUGCCCACACGGCUACGUGCAAUGUCCAUGCUCUACUACAACGAGGAACAGAAGAUCAUCAAGAAGGACAUCCAGAACAUGAUUGUGGAUGAGUGCGGCUGCUCGUAAACUGUGUUACCUAAAUGAUAAACAAACUGUGCCAUGACUCUAAGACAUGGAAACGCAACGUCCUCGAUGAACCAUAACCUGCUCGUCGAGAGCAGGACGAGACUGAGGACAAAACGUAAAUAAAUCAGAUCUAAUAUAUUUUUGUUACGGACAAACUGAAGGCUGUAAAAUAGUUGUAUUAUUUAUGAGACGAGCGCCGCGGACUCUGAGGCGCCAAAACUGAAACUGAAACUAUGCAACUUGUUUCCUUCAAAUGUUUAAACUUUAUCGACUUUGUUGACGACAGAUACUUGAAUGGAACAAGUUGGCCCCGCUGCUCGAACCAAACAUUUAUAAUUAUUAUUAUUGUCAAUGUUUCAUGUUUUUUGCAUUUUUUUGUUCUUGAUUUUAUGUUUUUUAAACGUUCAAAACGUUAUUUUUUGCACUAUAGCGAAGUUUAGCCUCGAGUCAAUGCAGUGCAUCAUAAGACGAGAAUAAGGUUCACUUCAUAGGCUGUGUUCACGUGCGCUGGGAAACGCAGAUGUCUGACCUGGUUUAUGGUUCAUAUUUCUGUAAUCACUGGGCCUAUCCACAUGAAACAAAAACUGGCACAAAGUUCUUCUCCGUCAUAGUGUUUCCCUCUCACAGGCGGACACAAGAGACAGCAUAAGUGAGGAGCCCAAAUACCAAGGAAAACAUCUGUGAUUUUAAAUCUCAGAACGUGAAUGCCCCCUAUAGAAAUAUACGUUAAUAUUGUCAUUGGUGUAAAUGACGCAAACAGCCAGAAAAUCAUCAAAUCACCAAAAUAUGUGACAGGACUAAAAUGGGACCAAACUCGCCCGAGUGGCACAAAGAAAAUCAGCCGAUCUAAUCUGACUGAAAAGUCAAAGGCCUAAACGUUUGGCAUGUUCACGCUCCUUAUCACUGACUUCAGAGCAGUGGCUAAAGAUGUUCCAGGUGGGGAUUUUCUGACUGUUUUAGCGUUUUAGAUUUUUAGCUUUGAUUUGUCACGACGCACCAACAGCACACAGUAUUCAUAAAGAUGUUUGAAAAAAGGAGCAGAGGCAAGAGUUCGGCUACACGUCCAACCAUCGCUAAAAACUAAAUUAAAUUAAAUUAAAUACUGACUAUAAAUGACUGUAAAAUGGUCAUUUUGCCCAGACAAAGCCAUUAGCUAUGAAAAGAUAACUAUACCUAAAAAUUAUACCUAAAUGAUUACAGUUAGCACAAGCUACACUCAUUUAUUACCAAGAAUAGCACAUUAGAAGUUUAGUAAAAACAAGCCCCAGCUAAUGUUAGCAGCUGUAGCACAUUAAUAGCACAAAUGUUCAAAGUUUAGUCAAUCACCUGCCCUCUACAAGCACUGCCCUUGUGUCACUGGGCAAGACACUUCGCCUCCUCAAAAGUUGUGUCAAAUUCUUUUACAUUAUAUGGUUCAAAUCCUGAAAAGAUUAUGUGUGUGUUCAUCUUAAGGUCAAAAUGUCACACUUCCACUCUCAAAGCUAGCCAACAGAGAGACAAACAUUAGCUUACACGCACAUUAGCAUCUGUAGCUAAGUUCUGAACAGUGUUACGCUCUUCACUACAGUCUGGGGACUUAAAAGGAUGGACUCAUAUAUAUUCAUUAUUUGUCCUGAUGUUUGGUUUACAAUCUGUUGACAGUAUUAAAGACUCUUGUCUUUAAAGGGCCUCAAACCGUAAUAAUAAUAAUAUUCAUAAUAUUAAUAAUAAUUGUAUUUUAUUUAUUAUUUAACUUAAGUUAUUCUGCCGUUGGAGGUGUAGUGGAGC